AUGGCUCUACUGGUUGGCACGGCGGCGUUUGCGCUCGUGUCAACGGCAAUCAACAUCUCCGCCCUCCCACGCUGCUACGACCGCCCCCUCGAGAUGACCGGGGCCGAGACCGACGCGGAGAUUGAGAGACUGGCAAAGGCGAGCGCGCUCUUCUCCAAAUGCACGAAAGAGUGCAUGGUGCGGCAGAUGCAGCUGGGCAAGGGCGACGCGAUCACGUGGGGCUUGGGCAAGAUGACCCUUCUCUCAGGGCUGGCGCCGACGGUCGAGGCGUGCGAGUCCAGCUUCGUCGCCAACGGCAUGGAGGUGCCGUGGGCAUCAGACCUCGCCCCCUGGGCCACAGGGCUGCCAGUGGGGCUCGCACUGACCGAGCUGGGCUUGAAGUGCGGCGAGGAUGCGCGGCUUAAGGGGUGCAACGUUCAGACGUUUGCGACGGCGGAGCUCCUCGUGACCGCGCUGGUGCUAGGCGUCCUCCAGAUCAGCCUGGUGAUGGCGGUGCGUGCCGCCGGCCCGAGGCCCAGGUCGCUUCCGCGGCGGCGCAUCGACAUCGACUUCGCGGUGCUGCUCAUGCGCACGUCGUACGCGACGGCGGACGAGCUUGACUUCAUGCCGAUGGACGAGUUCCAGAAGCGCCAGUUCCUGCUGCGCCAGGACGAUUGGGAGGGCUACCGCCAGCCGCUGCCGCCCGUCAAGCAGGGCGACAUCUCCGACCCAAACUACUUCGACUUCAUGUCCUACUGCCAGUACGCCACGAUCGCCGCGGGGAUGCGCGACGGGAGGGUGGUGUUCGAGGAGCUCAUCGACGCGAACGGCACCAGCGUCGUGGUGGCGCGAGACCCGGCCCUCCCGCGGGACAAUGCGCGGCUGCCGGCGCUGCUGUCGCUGCGCGUCGGCGACAAGAUCCUCGACGCGAUCGCCGAGCGCUAUCCCGGCCUCGCGCCCACCGUCGAGCUGCGGCCGAGCAGGGCGGCGCUCCUCGAGGGCGUCAAGGCGCUCGCGCAGGUGUUCGAGUACAACAACUACCUCCUCUCCGCGCGGCUCGAGCCCUCCGAGCGAGGCUUCCAGCUCUCCGCGAUCGCGCCGGCCACAGUCUGGUCGCAGCAGGUGCUCUCGCUCAGGGGCGAUCUGGUCAACGACUUUGAGGCGAAGGCAAUCGCCGCCUACCUCCGCCGCUGCGCGGUGGACGCCUCCUACACCACCCGGUACGAGGGGUCCGAGGUUGUCCACAUUUUCGUCUACGCAUAG